AUGUAUAAGCUUUUGGCUCUUUUGGCUCUUGUCGUGUCUUCGGCUUCAGGAAUUCCAACACCUUCACCUCCAGUUUCCUCUGAGACGAGCUCUGAAAAUAAGCCAUCAGUUGCCAAGUCGCACCCUUUCCAAGCUGGUCUACCAACUGGACUGUUCUCGUCUGGAUCCUCAUUCAAUCUUCCAACUCAAACUACAAUUUGUAGAAUCCGCACUGUUGGACGCUCCAUCAACAAUGUUUGUCCAAUUGGAUUUACCGUAAUCACCAACGGUGAGUGUUGCAUCACUCCGCAAGUAUCCACUUCUGGAUCUACCGUCUUCCCACCUUCAACUAUCUCCCCACUUCCUCCAUUCGCCUGUGCCGAUCGUUCAAACACCAAUGGAAUCAACGAGUGUCCAGGAUGGAGAAGCUACUGUACCAACGUCUUCUACAGAGACUUCAUGGCCCGUAACUGCGAUUAUACGAAGUUUUAUGUAUAUUUUCAAUGCGAACUUAAAAUCCUUUUAUAA